GACAGCGUAGCCUACCCCAAUUGUGCGCGUUCCGUGAGCAAAGGAGGCAGCGAACUUACAACACGUACUUCUUUUUGCGUUCGUGAUAAACCGUGCUCGUGAGUUGUUUUUACCCGCGUGAACCGAUUGCACACCGUACCGGGAAUGCAGACGGCCAAUGUGCUCGUCCAGUGGUUUGCUUGGCACCUACACAGAUCGAGUUAAAUAACGAACAAACCGGCACUACCAUCGAGCUGCUGUUGGUGGAUUGCUGCGCUAGCAAUACGAAGCGAUACUUCCAGUUCGAUUCGAAGCCACGGCAAAGGGAUUGUUUGGAAGGCUUGUGGUUCGCUUUGCGGCGAUCAAAAGGAUACCCAUCACAGAGCCGGGAGGUCUUCCCGUGUGCGGGGCCAUAGGCAGCGCGUACCGCGAAAGCACGCCUUCCUGACGGACACUGUGCAGGGGCCAAAGGAAGAAGGCACCGCUGUUAACCAACGCAUCAGCAGCAAACACGACGACAUUUUAGCAACAUCUUCCAAUUCCUUCGUAAUAUCGCUACACAGUAACAUCCGCGAACGUCGCAAGAAAACAGCAGCAGCAGCCCCACAACCAAUGAGGCCAUCAUAGCGAAAGGAAAGCGGGAAAGAGGCCGGGUGUAGAGAAAAAGCGCGGAGCGCAGAAAAUCAAUCACGGACGAACGAACAACCGAGCGGAACGCUACCGACGGGCCACAGAAUAAAAGUGUGCGAAAAGCAUUAUUUAUUGCAAAAAACGACGGGUGUGUUAAGAAAAGUGACCAGCUAAAGGAACGAUGUUGGUGUGUGGAUGAAACGCUGUCGUCCGUCGUCGUCCACAAGUGUGCCAUUGCUAAUGUGCGUCGGUGUAUGUGUGUCUUUCUAUGUGCGUGUGCGCGCGUGUGUGUGUGUGGGUAAAGUCGCGUUUUAGUUUUGUUUUUGUUUAGCAAUAGAGUGUCGAGCGGGCUCGUCGCGGAAUCAGUUUCCGUCGUAAUCAUCCCGCUCUCUCUCUCAAGGUGGUGUAUGCGCUGAUAUCGGGGGUCAAGCUUAACGACUGAACAGAUUUACUGAACGGCCAGAAGGGUAAUUACAGCGACAGCAACAACAACAACAACCGCGCCAAGAGAAGGAGACCAUCAUGUGCGCACGGCUACCACCACGGUACGACCACUGAACAACCACGCUCACGACGGAUCCGAAUGAGUUGCAGCCUUCUUCGCUGCCAAAGCUUGUCCUGUUUGUUCCGGAAGAUCGUUGCAACGGCAAAGCACAGCACCCGGAAGCGAAGACGCAAAAAGGCAUCGUCCCUGUUUUAGAACGGUGGGUCCCGCUGAAUACUGCUGGAGUAGGAAACUUCCUUGACGUACACUUUUCAUUACCAUUAUUGGAUAGAGCGUAGAGUUAAUUGGGGUUAGCAUCGAUCAUUGAUAGUGGUGGAUAGUAGUCAGCGCAACAACCCAAACGCAACGGACCGACACAGUGAGCAAAGCGCAAGAACCGGAAGAAGAGCCACAGGUGUAGCGUACGGACAGCACCCGACCGGACAGCGGCAGCAACGAUGGGUGCCUUCCUGGAACGACCGAUGACUUCCAAGCACAAUGAGCACGGCGAAGGCAACGGGCUCCGGUACGGGGUCGGUUCGAUGCAGGGCUGGCGGUGCGAGAUGGAGGACGCCUAUCACGCGAAAACCGGGCUCGGCGAAAGUCUCGAGGAUUGGAACUACUUUGCCGUGUUCGACGGGCAUGCCGGCGACAAUGUGGCCAAGCACUGUGCGGCCAACCUGCUCCAGCGCAUCAUCACCACCACCGAGUUCGGUAACAAUGACAUUACGAAGGGCAUUCACACCGGCUUCCUGCAGCUGGACGAGUCGAUGCGCGACCUGCCGGAGCUUGCCACGGGCGUGGACAAAUCGGGCACGACCGCCGUCUGUGCGUUCAUUUCCCGCCAGCAUCUGUACGUCGCGAACUGUGGCGAUUCGCGGGCCGUACUCUGCCAGAACGGGCAGCCCAUCUUCUCCACCCAGGACCACAAACCGAUCCUGCCGGGCGAGAAGGAGCGGAUCAUGAAUGCGGGCGGUUCGGUGGUGGUGCAGCGCGUCAACGGCAGCCUAGCGGUGAGCCGAGCGCUCGGCGAUUUUACCUACAAAAAUGUGAAGGAUCUCGGCCAGUGCGAGCAGCUGGUAUCGCCCGAGCCGGAAAUAUUUUGCCGCGAUCGGGAACCGGCCGACGAGUUUCUGGUGCUCGCCUGCGACGGUGUGUGGGACGUGAUGAGCAACGAGGAGCUGUGCCAGUUCGUGCACAACCGGCUCCAGCUGUCGGACAGUUUGGUGGACGUCGCCAACCAGGUGAUCGACACCUGUCUGCACAAGGGCAGCCGGGACAAUAUGUGUAUCAUCAUUAUUGCGUUCCCGGGUGCGCCCACCGUCUCGGAGGAGGCCCAGAAGCGGGAGGAGGCGCUCGAGGCCCAUCUGCGUGCCCGCAUCGAGGAGAUACUGGAAACGAUGGAGCCGGUCGAGUAUGGUGCGCUGCUGAAGGAGCUGGCCAACGAGGACAUACCGGAUCUGCCGCCGGGCGGUGGCCUGCACGCCAAGAGCUCGUACGUGUCGAAAGUGUUUCAGGAGCUGCAUCCAAAGCUGGCGGAAACGUGCGAGGUUGGGAAAUAUUAAGACUUGGGCUGGGUGUGGUUCACGAGCAGCGGAGAAAAACGUGCGGAAAAAGUGAAGAAUCAAGCCAGAAUACAGUACAGGACAACAUCCCCUUCCUAACACACACACACACACACACAUCCGAGAGGCAGAGAAAUUGAUUGAAGGUAGUAGGUAGUAGUAACAGUAGUGUGGUGGUAGUAGUAGUAGCUAAUAAGGCUGUGUUCAUUGUUGCUGUUUAGAAGGGCGCCUCACAACACACAACGGAAGCACACAGCGCGAUCGGUUUGUCUUCUUAAUAUUCAAAAAUUACAAAUGGGUGCCAAGGAAGAACUUACAAAUGAAAGAACCAAGAAAAGAAAACCACACACAAACACACAGAAACACAAUGCUCGUAUUGUACAGAAACCGUCGUUUUGGCACUACUACCAUCGCAACGAUGUCCAGUUACUACAGCGAGUCCAAACGGAGCCACCGACCGAGCGUAGGGAAGGGUAGGGAAUGAAGGGAGCGAAAAGCGCUAGAAGUCCCUGAUUUUGUUUAACUUGUAUUAAUAUUAUUGAAACCUAAUUUUAAGCGUCUAAGCGAAGCACACAUACAUAGAGAAACUAGAGUUAAACUGUAUUAGGGGGAUACACUCCUUUGUUUUUAAUCCUUUCCGGUAUUUUUUGCCCCCCCUUUCUACAUCCCAACAAUCAUCUUUUCUCAUUUCCCUUUUUCGAUUUUACUUUACUAAGCGUAUACAGUAGGCAGUUAGGAAGCGGGCUAGAAAGUUAGUUUGUUAAAGUGCUGUUGGGAUGAUGAUGAUGAUGAUGAUGAUGAUGGUAGACUACAAAACACUAAAAGUCCGACAGGGAACGAAAAAAAAGAAGAAGUAAGAGAAGAAGAAAACUUCACCAAACAAACACACACACUGAGUAUAAUAAGAUAAGAGAUAAUGUAAAAGUCAGCUAAAACAAAAAGACAUGUUAUUGUAAAGAGAAGGAAGACGGUGAGGGAUAUAUUCAAAUGGUAACGGGUAGCAAGAGAGAUCAAGAGAAAGCAAGUAAAAAGGGAAAACAAAACACACACACACACAUUCAACACAAAUAUUAUUCCCCCAUUUCUGUUGUUUGUUGUUCGAGAAGAGCGAAGAGAGAUCGAGUGGAAAAAUCGAGCGCGCGAUCAGACGCGGCGCGGCCAAAAUACACAUUCCCUUAUUUGCAGUGGAUAGGAUAGAGAGAGAGAGAAAGAGAGAAGCAUUUCUUUUUCGUUUUUUUUUUGGCUCAUAACUGGCCGCGAAAAGUGUUGGGCUGCGUCCGGGAUCCGAUCCGGAUAAGAUUUGGAUUCCGGAUCCUUUCGUGGCCACUACCAGUUACACCACCACGACCACUGCAGGCUGGAGGCGCACACAUGAAUCAUAAAGCGAAUGUAUUCGACGCGAUCGCAAAUGCUAUCAUGUGCUGUAAAAAAAAGGAACUUGCGCCCCCAUACACUCGAGCACCUCUUAUUAUAAAUGUUUUGCUAAAACACUUUGCGCGUGUACGCGUGCCAGUACGAUAAGUUUUCGCUUUAAGUUGACACACACACACACACACAAACACACACAUUAUCUGUAUAAAGUUAGUGUUAAUAAAUCAUCCACAAACUGUCCUCGGC